ACAUUUUCAUCCUUACCAUCCCUACCCCACGUACAUCCCUAGAUAGCAGCGCUGCGACAUGGCUAUUUCAAACACUAAAAACCACGGACAGCAAGAGAACCACGCCGCUCUGUAGAAAAUUGGCUUCGUUGCCAGACUUGUAUGUAGGACCGUGCUACAAGUUAACUUCUUUGAGGUUAACACUCUCAUCAACCGACGCAACUUGACAAUGAGAGCCAAGCGAUUUAAGUUAGAUUUAAAUAUAGCCGAGUGGCGCUUCGAUCAGUGGUUUUACUACUAUAAGCAAUCACAUAUCCCUAAAUAUGGCUUCCUUCUGGAAGAAAGAGCCAAGUUGUGACUAUGAAACGAGGACGCCUCUGAGAUUCAAGGAAGCUUUCAUCAAGGCGUCCUUUAUCCUUGAGAUAAGGAGAGACUAUGAAUACGGGUAUAAUGUUCUUUCUUUCUACUAUCUUUCUACGGUAUACGAUGCUGCCCUCGAUUUCAUCGUUAGCAUGUAGAAAACCGUAGAAAUCAGACUUUUGAAAAUGGCGGGACUGAAUUAGGUACCUCUUCCCAAGGUCCGUAGCAGGAAGUAAUAUUAGAGAUGUCACUCGCUGCAGGGCGUCAAAUCCGGGAAAUCCCAUGUCUGGACGAUUUAUUCCACAGGGAUUUUUGGGUAAUCAGAAAAGCAAAAAUGGAACUGGUGGAUAAAGCUAAUGUUAGCAACGAUUUUGGAUUACGCAAGAAAUUUCCAUGGAAUGGCUUACAAAACAAUGCGCCUUGGCUAGAAGACGCAACAGACUCAGAAAUAUCAUAUAUACGGUCAAAUUAUGCAUUAAGAGGAACCUCGAUUAAACGCAUUGAAAAUCCAUACCUCUGGGCACGAUACAUGCUACAGUACGAGGAAUUCAACGCUGAUGAAUCUAAAAUAGCUCAUGAACACAUUGUGAUACAUGCCACAUCGGACACUAAUGCAUUGAAGAUAGCAGAUGAAAACUUCAAUUGGCGGUGCGUCCGUCGAGGCAGAUUUGGCCAAGGAGUCAGCUUCUCGAAGACUGCAGGAUAUGCCAACAAAUAUGCCUCGCAAAAGAAUGUGUAUAUUAUUGCAGGCAUUCUUAUUUCUAAAAGAGUUCGUGGGAGCUAUACCACUAUAAUCCCACCUGGUGACUACGAUACUACAGUGGACAGUAUUGGUGGCAAUGUCUAUGUCAAAUAUUACGACAGUGAAUUUUACCCGUAUUAUAUUGUGCAUUAAUUCCAGUGAUACCAAAUCUAUUGUAUGCUUUAUCCGUUGUUAAAAAUACAAAAAAUCAAGUACUGAA